UUCUGAAAAAUCUACUUUUGUUAGAAAUCCAAAAAUGUGAAAAUGUAGUGCGUGAAUCUGAAAAGUAAGAGGUGUUUGCUUUCUUUGUUGACAAAUUCAGAUGUAAAAAGAUACAUCUAAUAUGCUGUAAGAAUAUGGAAACAUCAUCAAAAGGUACACCUGUUCAGGAUGGAUUGGAUCCAGAUUUCAUCUGGCAAGAGUAUCUCGAGGAGACAAAAUCUGUUGCUGCACCUCCUAUAGCAUUCACACAUGUAGAAUAUAGUUUAGAAAGUAGUUUCAAAGUGGGAAUGAAGUUAGAAAUUCUCAAUUCAGAGGAUAAAAAUUAUUACUGGCUUGCAACCGUUGUAAUGAUAUGCGGAGAACUAUUGUCAUUACGAUAUGCUGGCUAUGGCGAUGACAGAUCUGCGGACUUUUGGUUUGAUAUAAAAUCUGGCGGAUUUUACCCUGUUGGUUGGUGUGCGGCAAAUAAUAAAAAGUUAAGGCCACCUAAAGGUGUUCUGGAGAAGCAUCAGGAUAUUGAUUCCUUACUUCAUGAAGUGCUAAAUAAUGUUGAGAGCAUUCCUGCAUCACUUACUGAAGAUCUUGAUGCAGGUUUUAUGCCUAUAGAUCAAAUAAAAUGUGGAAUGAAGGUGGAAAUUGCAGAAGAGCUAAAUCCUCAAAAUGUUUGGAUUGCCACAAUCUUACAGAAUAUUGGUGGACGUUUAUUAUUAAGAUAUGAUGGUUGCAAAGAUUCAUCAUCAGAUAUGUGGUUGUUUUAUUUAUCUGAUCGUUUGUAUCCUGUUGGUUAUGCUCAAGAGAAUAGUUUACAGUAUUCUGCACCAGAUGCCUUUAAAGAAAUGUUAACAGAUGAAGAGUGGAAAAUGAUAUUAAAACAGUCCUUGCAAGAAGCAGCAGUGCUACCUUUUCCUUCACAUGUUUUGGAGCCCAAAUUACCUCUAGAAAAACAUGGAUUCAAAGAAGGCAUGAAACUGGAAGCUGUAAAUCCAAUUAACUGCACAGAUAUAUGCCCUGCAACAGUUUUGAGGGUUUUAAAUGAUUAUUAUUUUUUAGUUAUGAUUGAUGCUUAUGAAUGUGACGAGCAUAAAAAAAGUAUGAUAUGCUGCCAUUCUAAUUCUCAUACUAUAUUUCCUGUCAAGUGGGCAGAAGAAAAUGGCUUAGAUUUAAAAGUCCCUAAAGGUUUUGAAGUAACUACUAGCAAAUUUUCAUGGGAUCCUUAUUUGAAGUUUUGUAAUGCAAAUCCAGCACCAACUGAGAUGUUUGCUAUGAGCUCCAUGAAUAUGGGCUUUGAAACAGGCAUGAAGUUGGAGGCUGCAGACCCCCUUUCACCUGAUAACAUUAGAGUGGCUACAGUCGAAAGAAUUGUUGAUCCCCUGAUGUGGAUUCGUUUUGAUAGUGAAGAAUCUGAUGAAAGAAUUGUUAUUACUAGCAUCAAUUCAUUCGACAUAUAUCCAGUGGGUUGGUGUGCAACAAAUGGUUAUCCUCUUCAGACUCCAUUCUUCCAUAAAACUAAGCCAAAAUAUGCAUUAAAUGAACUAUCAGAAGAAGGAAAAACCAAGUCUAGUCAGUCUGAUGCAGGAACAGCAUCUCACAUAGAACAACAUUGUAAAUCCUGGUGUCCAAAAAUACAUUUUAAUCAUCGUUGUUUUACUGGACCCUUGCUCAGUAAAAGUCGUUUAGCUGAACUACCUCAAGCCAUCGGCCCUGGUCCAGUGCAUUUAGUCAUGAAAGAAGUAUUAACUCGGGUUGUCAGCAUAGCUUACAAACCUAGUCGUGUUCUUCAGAUUUUACAAAUCCAUGGGAAACCUUCUCAAGGCACACAGCAGCAAGUAAUUAAAGCUAAGUAA